AUGGUGUCAGCAGAGGAACAAAAAACCAUCAAUGAGCUCCAGGCGAACUGGAUCUGGGUUCCAAACUGGCUUGAUUCUUCAGACCAGAACACUGCUGGCAAGAUUGUUCAUUUCACUCGCUCGGUCAAUUUGCUUUCGCGACCGACGCGCUCAUUGCUUCAUUUUUCGGCCGACACGCGAUACAAGCUCUAUGUCAAUGGCCAACAUGUUGCGGUUGGACCGACUAGAAGCAGCCCGUUGAUUUGGUACUAUGAUUCAUUGGAUAUUGCGACCUACCUGACAGAGGGCCAAAAUGAAAUCCGGUUCGUAGUGGUCCGGUAUUUCGCGGCGUCGAGGAGUGCGAUGCCCUUUGAGCGGACUGCUCUUCCGGGCUUGACAAUCAUCGGAAAUAUCGAAACAGACUCAGAAGUCAUUGAUAUAAAGUCUACUAACCAAUGGAUGGCGUAUGUGGAUGAGAACAUCCAAUUUCCAAUGGGCCUGCCCGACGAUGUGUUCCUCCAUAUCAGCGAGCGAGUCAAGCCAAAAAAGGUCAGCCCUCCAGUGAAGCCACUUGCAUACAACAUGAAGGCAUUGAAUGGCGACAUACCGCCCUGGCAUCUGCGUCCACGUUCUAUACCGAUGCCCGAGUCAACAGCAAUUAUUGCCAACACAGUAAGAUCAUGCAAGAGCACCAUCAACACAGAGUACUGGGCGGCAUUCCUUUCAAAACAAAGCCAGCUUACUCUUUCUGCAAACUCGAAUCAUACUCUCGAGGUUCAGGCUGAUGUCCACUCAACCGCAUUUCUGCGGUGGGCCUUCAAGGCAGUCGAAAGGCCAUCUCAAAUCCAACUGCGAGUGACAUACUCAGAAGGAUAUGAACUCGAGCCUCGCUCGUACCCCUUCUUCCGAUCCAAAUCUGACCGGCUGGAUGCAACAGUUGGUCAUAUUAUAGGCCCAUAUGACGAGGUAACGCUCGACCUUCCCGACACCCAGAGCGUCAUCUACGAACCCUUCUGGUUCCGCACUUUCCGUCUGAUGCGAAUUGAGAUCACUGUCGGACCUGAGCCGAUUAAGUUAGUAUCAUUCGAUGCGACUCAGGUCAACUAUCCCAUGGCAGUCAAGGCAAGUUGGAAGCAGCCUGGCGAUACACAGAGCGAGAAUAUCUGGGAUGUGUCGAUUCGAACCAUGCGCAACUGCAUGUUCGAUGGAUAUUCCGAUUGUCCAUUCUACGAACAACUGCAAUACUCAGGAGACACCCGCUCAGUCGGCCUAUUCCACUACCUCCUAUCCGGCGACGAUCGUCUAAUGCGACAGGCCAUCACAAACUUCGCUGCCUCGGUGACACCACUAGGACUCACACAGUCCCGAUUUCCAUCACACGUACCCCAAGUUAUUGCAGGCUUCUCUCUCUACUGGAUCUUGCAAGUCUGCGACCACCAUCUCUUCUUUGGCGAUACACGCUACGCUCGAGGAUUUAUCCCUCGCAUUGAUGGAAUCCUCGACUUCUUCGAUACCCACAUCGAUGAGCUGGGCCUCGUCAGCGGACUACCUGAGGUGGUGUGGCAAUACGUAGACUGGGUGACAACCUGGGGUGCGACAGACGAGCAUCCCGACAAGGGUGUUCCCACUUCGGGUCGAAAGACAAACCGACAUACAUACUUCAGCAUGUUGUAUGCGUGGGUUCUCCAGAAAGUUGCAAGACUCGUACGUGAUGUCGGGCGACCAGGACAUGCGGCUGAGUACGAGGAGCGUGCUGCAUCGCUUUUACUUGCUAUCCGGAAGAAUUGCUAUGAUGGAUCAUUUUUCACAGACUCUACAGUUGAUGUGGCCGAUGAGCAUUCAUAUUCGCAGCACUGCCAGGUCUUUGCAGUGAUCUGUGGAGCAAUGAAGCCUGAGGACCGAGGGCGAAUCUUGACCGAAUCGUUCACCAACGAUCGCUUCUCGAAGUGCUCGUAUAUGAUGCGCUUCUAUGCAUUCCGGGCGCUUGCUUUGGCUGGUGAUGAUGUUUAUGACUCGUUUUGGGAGCGGAUGCUGGUUCCCUGGCGUGGGAUGUUGGCAAAUAAUCUUUCAACUUGGGAAGAGGAUGAUGUUAGGCAACGCUCUGACUGCCAUGCCUGGGGGAGUGUGCCGAUUUAUGAGUAUUGCACUGAGUUGGCAGGUGUGCAGCCCAUUGCUUCGGGGUCUUCGAAGAUAUCUUUCAAGCCUCGAGUUCUAUUGACCGACGCUCUGGAAGCCAAGGUGGCACUGGGGAAGGAUAAUCUUGCUAUGAUCUCAUGGAAGUCUGGAUCUGGCGGUAAGAAAACAGUAGAACUCAAGCUCGAGAAGGCUGUUGAGGUUAUUGUCAUGUAA